AUGAAUGGAGCUUAUAUGGCAAAUGGAUUAAUUCUUCUUAAUCUUUCUGGAGAUGUUCUUUACAUUAUAGAAUAAAGAUUGAGAGCUCAAGGAAUUGAUAAAGAAAAAGGUUAAUCUUUAUUUCUAUUCUCAUAGGAUUAAUUGUUUUGAAUGAUCUAGCUCUCAAGAUUUAUACCUAUCCAAAUCUUUAAAAAAUAUUCACUCCUUCAAAGACACUAACAGUUAAUGAAAUAUUCACAUUAAUUGAUCAGAUUGUUCAUUGCUCUAUUAUGAAACUUAAUGAAGAUAGUCUUUCAAAAUUAUUUGAUUUAAUCAUCAUGACAUUAAAAGCAUACCUUAUGAAAUCUAAUUCUCCAUAUGAAAUUUAUCUAUGUACGAUUAAGCACUUUGAUGUCAUUUAAGAAAUUGGAAUUAAUGAUUAAGCUAUUCAAGCUCUACUUUAAUGUAAAUAAACAUUUAUAGACAAAUACUCUAAAUUAACAUCAUUUGAUUAUAUGAUGAUCAGAGGAGAAAUUAUGAAGUUAUUGACAGGCAAAUUUACUAGAGUUUAAAUGUUUUUAAAUGAUAAAUCAUAAAAUCAAGAUGGAACAUUUUAAUAAAGAUCCUAUGGUAUAUCUGGAUAUGGUGUUGAACAACCAGGAUCAAUUAAAAUGAUUUAAAUUCCUGAAAAUUAUAAUGUUAUUUUGGCUAUUUCAUCUUAAUACAAAGAAAAUACAAGUAUUUCUCCUUUUAAAGGUACAAGUACUUUGGGUGAAAAUAUAUUCUAAAAUAAAGAAUCUAAUCAAUAAAAUAAAUAAUCAUCUAUUUUAUCAACCAAAAAUACACUUUAAUCAGAUUAAAUUGAUCCUUUAUCAUAAAAAAUUUAAACUUAAUCAUUAAAUCAACUAGCAUAAUUGAUUUAGGCCAAACCAAUCAAUUCAUAAGAUGAUAUUAAUCUUUUCUAUAAACCAAAUGUAAUUAAAUCUUCUAUUAAUAAUCAAUAAUUAGCAGAACCUAAUAAUUAGUAUCAAUCCCAAUAACAAAGUUAAAUUUUAAAAUAAAAUAUUAAUCAAUAAUUUGAAGAAACAAAUUCUAAUAUGAAAUCAGAAAUAGAAUAAAAUGAGUCAGAAGAAGAUGAUUUACUUGCCUUGAUGGAUUAAGCAGCAUUAAAAUGA